AUGGAUUUACCAACAAACGAAGCUUUGGUCAACAAGCCAAGAAAAAAGAAGCCUUUAACAAAAGCUCAACACACCGAGAUAUUACCAUCACCCGCCGAAACUCGGACGAAUUCAAGCCGAAAGGGGCAAAAGCCUUCAAAGAAGGGGGUCGCAUACGAAAUCCCGUCAGGUUUCGCAUCGGACAAGAUAGAUUCGGCAGCAGAUGCCGAGCUGACACCUGGCGGCAACGAGUACCGAGCCCUAAGGCGAAAGUACUUGCUUCUGGAAGAGGAAAGCUUCGGGUUAGGACGAGAGUUGAAAGUGGUCGAGGAUGAUAUAAAGGCACUUGAGGAGGAGAAACUGUCUUUACUAGACGAGCUCGUUGUCUUGGAAGGCCUCGUUGACCCUUUAAACGUUCAUGCACGAAAGCCUUAG